AUGGUCUGUCCAGUAGGAAAUAAGAUCAUUAUUGCAAUCAGUGUCAAUUUUAUUCUACAACUAGCGGGGUUGUGUCUUCCAAACUGGGUGACAUCGCAGUCCGGUGGAGAGUAUGGAGGACUUUUUGCCUAUUGUGUCGGUCCCACCUGUGAUUCCCUGCCUCUUAUCUUCCACAUGGGUAACGCGGAUUAUGGGGGAGUUGUAUCCCUGCAUCUAGUAGGAACGGGUUUAUUAUUGGUCACUAUUUUUGUCGGUUCAAUCCUAGCCUGGAGGUCUGGCUGGACAAAAGUUACCUUCCUCGUCAUGUCCGGAUUCCUCUUCACUGCAGUCAUCCAUGAUUCUAUCAGGACGAUGGCAGAAACGACAGCCGUGGGAGUUUACUGGUACCUCUCUUUUCUACCUAUCCUCGUUAUACAGAUAGCGAGUCUGGUGACGCCCUGCUGGUACCAAGUCUCUUGGGUUCAGGAGGGGAUCAUUCGACAGCAGCACGCAGGACUGUUCACGGCAUUCAAUGGUGCUGACUAUCUUGUUAUAUGCGCGGGGAUGGAUACGUGUAAAGACUUUGACCCCAGCGCAUCAUGUAAGUUGAAUAAUGAUAUUGCGAAGACACUUUUGAUGGCAGGAAGUGUUUUGCUGUUGUUGGGGUUCGUAGUGUCCGCACCAGGGUGUUCGAAAACUAAUAGAGGAAAUAAUCUGAUACUUACAAGAAUUUGCGGAUAUACAGCUUUCCUAACGCUGACUGGAUGUCUUUGGAUCUAUAUAGCAUUUCAUUGUGACACGUAUCAGAUCCGUGGAUCAUUUAUUUCACUCCAACUUGGGCAUUGCUUCUACUUGACAGUGUUGACGGGCUGUGUGUCACUGAUAAUGACGUUCUGUUUCGGAUUGGCUUCCAUGAAGGACAUUCCUGUGACGCAUCAUAAUUUACACGAUGACGUCAUUACAAAGGAAAACCGAACACUAAGCAAAUUCUUGCCUGAUUUAUAA